ACAAGUUAGACUCUUACUGUCCCAGCUAGUAUCCACAAAAUGUGGCUGCUAGUAAUUAUCGCUGUUUUAUUAGUAUUAACUACGUUUAUUAAAUCUUGCGACACGCAUUCCAUUUAUCUGACAUGGAAAUAUCCAAAAUUGACGUCGUUUACCUAUGUGCCGUUCUUGGGACACUUAGGUUUCCUAAAAUACUCCUACAUGCGAAUGAAGGACAUUUAUGAUUUCGUGGAGAGAACCUGCGCAGAAUCUCCCAAGAUGGUUUAUUGUUUGGGCUUGAAAAUGGUAACAGUUUACAAGCCUGAACAUUUGGAAGUGAUACUCACGCAUCCAAAUACACAGGAUAAACCCUACUUGUACAAUUUUAUGGAUCCUGUUAUUGGUAAUAGUUUACUAUGCUUGAAUGGUCACGCAUGGCGAACACGCCGCAAGUUAAUGAAUCCCUUGAUGCAACAUGGAGUGAUUGGAUCAUUCGUUGAUGAUGUUAACGCAAAUGCUGAAAAAUUGGCUGAGCAAUUCAGUAGUAGGGCUGGGAAAAUGUUUGAUGCUAGUAUAAAGAUAGCUAAAAACAAUCUGGACAUGUUUAUAAAUGUUAUUAUGGGUGUUGACAAUAGUGACGAUAGAAAAGACGCAUUUUAUAGCAUUCAUACAAUUACAUCUUGUGUUAUGCUGCGUAUACUGGCAGUUCCUAAACACUUAAAUUUUAUUUAUAAUUUGACAAAAGAAGGAAAACUUGUCCACCACGCAGAGGAGUUGGGAAAUAAAAUAAUGAGAAAUUUUUUCUACAAAAGAAAAGAAGAUUAUCAACGCAUUACGGCAAAUGACGCGGCGAUUGAUGACAACAGAACGGGCCGUCGCAUGAUAAUCGAGCAUCUAAUUAAAUUAAAGUUACCGGAAACCGAUAUUUUAAACGAAUUGAAUUUAUUUUUGGUCGCUGGAUUUGAAACAACUGCGUUUGCUAUAUCAAUGGCACUGAUUUCAAUGGCAAUGAAUCCGGAUAUUCAAGAAAAAGUGUAUAACGAAGUGAUGGAAAUUAUUGGUGCAGAUCGAAGUGUCUCACAUAAUGAUAUCUCACGCUUUGUUUACAUGAAAAAAGUGAUUCAUGAAACACUACGCCUUUAUCCUUCCGUUACGAAUGUAGGCCGUAUUACCACUGGUGAAGUAGAAAUUGAUGGGCACCUGAUUCCGAAAAAUACGCAGGUUAUAUUGAGUAUUUUAACAGCUCAUCGGUCACCAUUAUAUUGGCCUGAUCCCAUGAAAUUCGAUCCGGAGCGGUUCAAUGAUGAUGCUGUCAAACAACGCCACCGCUAUAGUUUUAUUCCAUUUUUGGCUGGAACACGGAAUUGUUUUGGUUUAACUUUUGCAAUGAUGAAUAUGACUAUCGUGCUUGCAAUUUUAGUGCGAAAGUUUAAGUUUUACACUUCGUAUAAAUCUCCUGAAGAAAUAGAAUUGGAGUUGUCCAUUACUACAAAAUGUGUUAAAGGUGUGCCAUUACGUGCUGAGCUACGAAAAACUUCAUCACAUGGAAGUGGUACUCAAACAUCCCCAUUCGCAGCAAAAGUCAUACAUCUACAAUUUUUCGGAGAAGUUGUUAAAAAUAGUUUAUUACUGCUAAACGGUGGCCUGUGGAGGCAACGGCGCAAAUUGCUGAAUCCUUUGAUGCAACACGGAGUGGUCGGAUGUUACACUGAAGAUGUUAACAUAUAUGCUGAAAAGUUGGUGGAUUUCUUCCGAAGCAAACCAAACGAAAUGUUCGAUGCAGCACCAGCUAUAGCAAAAAACAACUGGGGCUUGUUUUUAACUGUGCUUGUUGGAGUGACACGUAUCCAAGAUAGUGAACAACUUCUGCACCAUAUAAACAUACUGACAUCGCAUGUCGUGUUACGAUUUAUAAAGAUUUUCACCCACUGGGAUUUUAUUUUUAAAUUGACAAAGGAAAGUAAACUGAUUGAGAAUACCCAGGCGUAUUUUCAGCAAAUAUUGCCAAAAUUCAUAAAUGAGAGGAAGGAAAUUUAUCAUCAACUCGAAGAAACUGAAGUGUCCGUGGAAGGAAACUCACUUAAACGUCGCAAAAUAUUGGAUCACUUAUUAAGUUUGAAGUUGUCGGAUCAAGUAAUUUUAAACGAAGCAGCAUUAUUUACCGUUGCAGGAUUCGAAACAACUUCUCUUACAAUAUCAAUGGCCUUACUUUCAAUGGCGAUACAUCCAAAUAUUCAAGAAAAAGUAUACGAGGAAGUGAUGGACAUUCUAGGUGAAGACCGACGUGUUGAACACAACGAUAUCUCACGUUUAGUUUACCUAAAGAAAGUAAUCAACGAAACAUUGCGAAUUUUUCCUCCUGUGGGUAAUGUUGCACGAAUCACAACCGAUGAGAUAGAAAUUGAUGGGCACGUGAUUCCCAAAAAUACGCAUAUUAUAUUGAGUAUUUUAACUACCCAUCGGUCACCACUAUAUUGGCCUGAUCCCAUGAAAUUCGAUCCGGAGCGAUUCAAUGAUGAUGCUGUUAAAGAACGCCACCGCUAUGCUCAUAUUCCAUUUUUAGGUGGCCCUCGCAACUGUUUUGGUGUGACUUUUGCAAUGAUGGACGUUUCUAUUACACUUGCAGUCCUAGUUAGGAAAUUUAAAUGGUACACCACUUAUAAAUCUAUUGAAGAAAUUGAAUUGGAAUGGGCAGGGACAACAAAAUGCGUUUCGGGUGGGUUUCUGCAAGCAGAACCACGAUAAACCCAAGGAAAUUAAAUUAUUUGAUUAUAUUCUUUGAGAUUUUCUAUUUAUAAUGAAUUAAAAUGAUUUAAUUCAAUUUGUCAUUUAGAUGUGGUACGCCAAACUCCAUAUCGAAACUUAACAGCUCAUUUACAGUCGGGAACACUGCAUGUUGACUGAUAACCUUCAACGAGGGCAUUUCCAAUAAAUAUUGCAGUUUUUUCAAUGCCUCAAACGCUGGUUUGGGUACACAUUUACUGAUAUGUGUCCAUUGCACCUGGAAAAUCUUCUGCAGUUGAUAUUUAAGUGUAAUUUUAUAAAUUCCUCCAAACGCCACAAAGUUUUCAUAAAUCCGUUUGUAGAAAUACGUUGCGGAGUUAUAAUAAACUCUGCAUAACGAUUCA